CACAGUCUACGCUAGACUGUCAAGUGAGAUUCAGCGGCUGAGCCGUGGGGCUCCUGUGUUCAGCCAGCGCUGCCUGGCAACUCUCCGUCUGUGCGCUCACGGGAUUAUCAUACACACGUGCACUGACACACAAACAUUUUUCCUUGAACGUUUCUUUUUGAAGUGGAUGUGAAGUGAGCAGACUUACAUUUUAUGGAACUCGCGUUGUUUGUUUUUCGGUGUGUUGUUUCCGAUUACAGAUUUUUUUCUUUCCGUGGGAAAUUGCAUUGCCGUUGUGGUUUUCGCUUCACGUCGCAUUGGUUUCUCGCAUGCGAUGGAUCACACUUUGUUCGGCUGUCUGCGCAGCCCCCACGCCCCUCCGCAGGCCCUGCACCCUGCCUUCGCUCUUCACGGACGCUCUGAGCACCAUUCCACCUACCCUGACAUUUCCACCAACUCUGCCUCCUCCACCUGCAUCAUAGGUGGUUACCCAGGUGAGGAGGGGGGACUCUUUGGGGGACACGGCCACCAGCGAGGGCCACCCAUCUCCCAGCAACACCAUCAUCUUCCCCAACCACAGCACACAGGUUGGCACAUACCCCAGACGUCCAACGCCUCUCCGGUCAGUAGUCGCCUGGGACUGGGCAUCUCGGCCCCUGAUUCGGUAUCUUCAGAUGUGGGACCUGGGGGCCCGAGCCUUUGCGCCAGCACGCCGAGCUUCGGCGGAGGGGUGCCCUCUGGGGCCUCCUGUGUUCCUGGGGGGGAUUUUGGGCGUCAUACGAUGUCGCCAGCCGAGGCGGAGAAAAGGAAUAGUAAACGGAGAAGUGACAGCUCUGAGUCCCAAGAUGGGAAUUACAAAUCGGACGUGAGCAACAAGCCAAGAAAGGAGAGGACGGCGUUUACCAAAGAGCAGAUUCGAGAACUGGAGGCCGAGUUCGCCCAUCACAACUACUUGACUAGACUGAGGCGCUAUGAAAUCGCCGUCAACCUCGAUCUCACGGAAAGACAGGUGAAAGUGUGGUUCCAGAACAGACGAAUGAAAUGGAAACGUGUGAAAGGAGGCCAGCAGGGGGCGGUAGCGAGAGAGAAGGAGCUUGUGAACGUUAAAAAGGGCACGUUGCUGCCCUCUGAGUUUUCGAGCAUUACUGGACUCCAUCAUACGCCGGACUCGCUUAUGAACGACGACAGCCACGACAGCGACCAGAGCUCUGAAAAUGCUCACUUAUGAUGCCAAGAGAAAUGGUUAGAGAUUCAAUGCUGUUCUUUGUUAGGGAUUAUGCAGAACAAUCUGAGAAAACAUGCGCACAAACAAGAAGUGCACAGGACGUUACUGUAUGGAAGCAACGCACCCCAUUCCCUUAAGGACGGGUCUUACGAGUGCCAUUAUGUGCCAUUUAGUGACAGUGCCCAAUAAACAAGUGCGCACCCCACUAAUGCAUGUGCAUUUGGAGAAUACAGAAAAUCAGUGAUACUCUAGGUCUUUGCAUGUAUUUUGACAGAUGUUUACAUAAAUGUUCAAUUUGUUUUAAAGGUGUCAUUCUUUGGCUGUUUUUGAAGCUUUGAUUAUGUUUUUUGGGUGUUUAUCAAUGGAUGUUCAUGUUUAUAGUUUCAAAAAAUGCUUUAUAUUUCACAUAUUUCAAGUUUAUUGUUCACCGCUGUCCCUCUUCUCAAAAAACGAGAUUUUUUCCGGUUUCUAAAAAGUCCCUCCUUCCUAAACGCUCUGAUUGGUAAAGCUGACCCAGUCUGUCGUGAUUGGUUCCCCGCUGAGUUUGAAGAUGUCCCACCCAAACCAUAUCAGUGAGCUUCCGCUUCUCAGGCUGUUGUGAUUGGCCGGUCCCCCUCUCAGUGCACGUGCAUUCAUAAGCUUUGGCUUUUAACAAUAAACAGUAACAAUGGCGUCAACUUCACUUCAUCAGUUAAACACAUGCGGAUCCAUCGAAGUGUAACGGAGGUCUGCUAGUGCGCAUAUGUGCAAACAUCAAUCUUCGCGAUUUUCUUCCUACUAUGGCGAGGGAAAUGACACCGGACCGAUUGGCGUCAGACACUUAUAUUAAUUAACCCUAAUAACAGAAACGUUAGUUUGGCCUUUUCAUAUUGGAUCUAAAUUGGAUAAUAAAAAAGCAGAUUGACCAGGAGACAUUGCAAGCAGGACUUCAAAGGACGUUUCAUAGAAGUGUUUUAGAGGUAUGCGCACAAACAAUAUCAGUUACACAGAACAGCUUUCACAGCCGAUGUUAAAGUCAUGAAGCUGUUAUUUGACCGUUGGUUCUCUUAGAAUGUGUGUCGAUGAAUUCUUAUUACCAGCUGUAGGACUGUGAUGAAAGUGAAAGUAGUUUAGCGCGUAGCUCAGUUAAAUGUUUACAAUCUCUGAGAACCAAACACUACUCCAGCGGCUCCUCCUCUUCUCUGAGGAAGGCCUCGCCCCUUUUUUGGCGUAUUCCUUUGGGCGGAGGUUAUUCAAAAACUCGGAAUAGUGACAUCAUGUACCCGGGGGGCUGUACAGUAGAGGGCUGUAGUCCAAUUCCAGCCGUUCUCUGUAGUCCUUGAAAAGCGAAUUCUGUUAAAGACAAUGUUUCGCUUGGCAUUGAACUUUGAGCUUUAUCAUUUUGCAGAUAUUAUUUAUGCUCUAACAGCAACAUUACACACUAACUAAAGUUUGAAAAUCGGCCUCACAGGGAAGGGCACCUUUAAAUCAGGCUCUCCAUGGACAUUUCGGCACCUUUAAAAGCCUUUAAAGCCUUCUCUUUCACUUGAAAGGUGGAAUGUAGCUGCAUUACAGUAUAUACGAUUGGUCAAAUGUAAUCCAAAACAUUCCAUUUUAAACUUGCAUUGGAUUGAACAAAGGUGUGUGUUUUGCACUGUCGCAUUAUGUGCCUUCAUUGAUUUCUACUGUAUGUGCUUGUAUAAUUUUAAUGUGAUCCAAAAAAAAACCUGUUAAGCAUGCAGAAGAAGAAAAAAUGUUGCAUUAUGUAAAUAUUAGUAUUCGUAUGUCGAAAGAUUUCACGGCUGUUUCGUAUGCACACAAUACCACAUGCUUCAAUAAUAAACCUUUGUCAUUU